UUAUCAAGUUCUGGAUUUCUUAAGACAAAAUUAUAGCGUGUAAUGAAUAAAAUGGAGCUAUCACCUCGCGAACUGCUGGAAUUUGAGCGUGCAUUCGCAAUGUUGGAUUUGGAGAAAGAUGGUAGUGUUACUGUUAAAGAACUGCAUUAUUUCAUGGCUACACUGGGCAAAAAUCCCUCUGAAAGUGAAUUGAUGGCAAUGAUCAAUGCAGUGGACACUGAUGGUAAUGGAUCAAUCGAGUUUCCCGAAUUUCUCAACACAAUGACUGCAAAAAUGUGUACGUGUCCAAAUGAUGAGGAGCUGCGAGAGGCAUUUCAUGUCUUUGAUAAAGACAACAGUGGCUAUAUAGGAGUUGAUCAAAUUCGUGUCGUAAUGCUGGAUCUCAAUACGAAAGUGAGCGAAGAGGAGCUUGAGGAUAUGGUACGCGAGGGAGAUAUCGAUGGUGAUGGUUAUCUUAGCUACGAAGAAUUUGUCGAGCUGAUGACCACCCAAUAAAUUAAGAACAGAAAAGUCCAUAACAGAUAAAAGUAAUGCGAAUGUAUUUACGGGACGAGUACGGCCAGAUUUAGAACUGAAUAAAUUAUAAUGUGUUUAUUACAAAAAA